AUGGAACUGGUCUUGCAAUACCCCGCUCAUGGAGACAAGUACCUAGCUAGACUUUGGGAAGGCGACUUCCUUGAAGAGUUGAUUUGGUGCGUAACUGACCCUUGGCUGCAUUCCCGGACCGAGGAGUCCUAUCGUAAAAAUGCUACAAAAGAAUCGUCCAGCGCAGCAGUGGCAGUUACAUCCAUCCCGUCCUGGUCCUUGACGUCGUCGGAUUUCCCAGUCAAAUUCUCGAGAGAGUACUAUCGAAAGCAUGGCGCUAAGGAACUUUGCAGGAAGGAGAAGGUGGAUAUUUUCUUAGAAAAUGAGGAAUAUCCCUUUGGACUUGUUAUGGGCGGUGUGGCCAAGAUUCAUGGACGAUUAUAUCGAGCCUCAGAAUCGGCAAUCUGGGAGGAGCAUGGGUCGAGCCACUACGAUUUCCAGAACAACCUAUUCUUCUCAUACCUACAUUCAGUCCCAGAUAAGCACGCCGUACGGAUGGACUCGAAGCGUUCAAAUAGCCUUGGCGACAGACUAUACAUAUUUCCGGUGAUGGCCGAAACCCAUCCAGGAGACUGGAACUCUCGCAAUUUGGACAUAUUCUGCCUAGUCUUGACGAGCCUCACGGCAACGUUAGAGACCGAAGGCCACACUAGUCUGUUUUCAAGAGCCGGACUGGCAAAGUUAAUAGGGACAGUGCAAGAAGGGAUUAUCGCGUUCUCUAAGGGCUCGAAGGAAUUGCUACUAGGAGACUGCCUUGGAGAAAGGCUGAUUAAGAUUCGAUAG